GGGGAGCCGGAACAGGAGGGUGGAGCGGUACAGGAUCAGGCCGAUGAGAACUGGCGAGAUUGGGAUCGGGUUGCAGACGAGUUGACCUGGCAGAGGCUUCUUGGCUUGGAUGGCUCAUUGCUCUUCCUGGAACACGUAUUCUGGGUCAUCUCAUUGAACACACUAUUCACAAUAUUAUUCGCAUUCUCUCCUUACCAGCUUGGGCAUUCGUUGCUCAAAGCACUUGGUCUGGCUUCGCGUAUCACAUAUUUUCCAACGCUUAUCUCUGUAUUGCUUGGAUAUGUUAUACUGAGUUUUAUCGUCCGCCUUCUCCACGUUACAGCGAAAUUUUUCCGACUGGCUCCAAUGUAUCGAUUGCUGGGAAUGUGUUACCUUGUCCUCAAAGUAUUCCUUCUCGUCCUUACUGAAAUCGGCUUCUUUCCUGUUCUUUGCGGUUGCUGGCUGGAUAUUUGUUCUUUGCCAUUGUUUGCCUCAACGCUGUCGCGUCGGCUCUCGUCAUUUGUGGUUUCGCCAACAUCUUCCCUUUUUAUGCACUGGCUCAUUGGCAUGGUCUAU